AUGGCGGCCACCGAGGGCGGGGAGGCCGCGCAGGGCGGCGAGCCGAGUCAGCCGGAGCCGCCGCCGCCGCCGCCAGCCCCGCCGGCCCCGCCGCAGGGCGAAGAGGAGCUGGCCGAGGCCCGGGACGCCUUGCCCUCGCCUAUGGACGACGGGUUUGUGAGCCUGGACUCGCCCACCUACGUCCUGUACAGAGACAGAGCAGAAUGGGCUGAUAUAGAUCCUGUGCCGCAGAAUGAUGGCCCCAAUCCAGUGGUCCAGAUCAUUUAUAGUGAAAAAUUUAAAGAUGUUUAUGAUUAUUUCCGAGCUGUUCUGCAGCGUGAUGAAAGAAGUGAACGAGCUUUUAAACUAACCAGAGAUGCUAUUGAGUUAAAUGCAGCCAAUUACACAGUGUGGCAUUUUCGAAGAGUUCUUUUAAAAUCACUUCAAAAGGAUCUACAUGAGGAAAUGAAUUACAUUACUGCAAUAAUUGAGGAACAACCCAAAAACUACCAAGUUUGGCAUCAUAGACGUGUAUUAGUGGAAUGGCUAAAAGAUCCAUCUCAGGAGCUUGAAUUUAUUGCUGAUAUUCUAAAUCAGGAUGCAAAGAAUUAUCAUGCCUGGCAACAUCGACAGUGGGUUAUUCAGGAAUUUAAGCUUUGGAAUAAUGAGCUGCAAUACGUAGACCAACUUCUCAAAGAGGAUGUGAGAAAUAAUUCAGUCUGGAACCAAAGAUACUUCGUAAUCUCUAACACUACUGGCUACAGUGAUCAUGCUAUUUUGGAAAGAGAAGUGCAGUACACUCUGGAAAUGAUCAAACUAGUACCACAUAAUGAAAGUGCAUGGAACUAUUUGAAAGGCAUUUUGCAGGAUCUUGGUCUUUCCAAAUAUCCCAAUUUAUUAAAUCAAUUACUUGAUUUACAACCAAGUCACAGUUCCCCCUAUUUAAUUGCCUUUCUUGUGGAUAUCUAUGAAGACAUGCUAGAAAACCAGUGUGACAACAAGGAGGACAUUCUUAAUAAAGCACUAGAGUUAUGUGAAAUUCUAGCGAAAGAAAAGGACACUAUAAGAAAGGAAUAUUGGAAAUAUAUUGGAAGAUCCCUUCAAAGCAAACACAGCACAGAAAGCAAGCCUUCAACAAAUACGCAGCAAUAACACCAUCCAGAAGAAUUUGAUGGAAUGCUUUUUUUUUUAAAGACUCUAAUGCAAGAGUUUAAAACUAGGAUGGUCAUUCCCUUCUGGGAUAAAACAUGCAUUACAGAAGUCAUUGCUUUUUAACAAGAACUAAGUGUGAUGUUCCUUAGGUGCUGCUGCUCUUCAGACUAGUUCUAUGUAACUUGAUUCUUUUAAAGCAGAAUACUUCUGGGGAGUGAGGGUAUGGGAGGGAGAAAAUCAAAAAGUCCCAUAAAGAAAGAUAAUUUUGUAGUCUUAUCAACAUUUAUUCUAAUCCUUUAGUGUCACCUUCUCCCUCAGGACUUGCAGCAAUCAUGAUUGAAGGUAACUUGUAUGGAUGUGGGUGACUUGAUUUUGGGUUAAGCAAGCAGGGAAUGCAUUUGUGAUAUUAGAGCUGCUAUGCCACACUUAUAAUAUUUUGCUAUCACUGUAACCAACUAAUGCCAAAAGAAUGGUUUUGUAAUAAAAUUAAAGAUGUGUCCUAGAAAAAAAAAAA